GACGAAGAGGUGAUUGCACUACGGGGCAUGCGCCUUGUGAGGCUCGCUCAGGAUAGUUUCCUGGGUGCAGAUUGCGUCACAUUUGUGCAGUAGAAGCGGAGAGGUUGUCAGGCGGCGACGUCGUCUUUAUCCUAGAUUUCUGGGAUACUCUUUUAGUUCCGGCUGGGUUUGGAAGGAGAAGUGUAAUCGUAAAGUCGUGCCAUUAUAUGCUGUGGGAAUAUUUGAUCCGGUCAAGCACAGAGUGCCAUCUGAGUAGCCCCGCAGAGGGCGAAGCUGAAGAACACCAGUGUCUUUUUAAAAACAUGAAUAAGAAUCACGGAGUGCCGAGCAGCAAGUCUCUGAGCGUUGUGGAGGUGAAAAGUAAGUUUGGUGCAGAGUUUCGAAGAUUUUCACUGGAGAGAACAAAACCUGGAAAAUUUGAAGAGUUUUAUGGUUUACUACAGCAUGUACACAGAAUUCCUAAUGUCGAUGUUUUGGUAGGAUACACUGAUGUUCAUGGGGACCUGUUACCAAUAAACAACGAUGAAAAUUACCACAAAGCAAUUUCAAUAGCCAACCCUCUUUUAAGGAUACUGAUACAAAAGAAAGAGGAGGCAGAUUAUUCAGCAUUUGGAAAUAACUCUUUAACACGCAAGAAGAAUGUUCUUUCCAGUGUUCUUCGUAGUGACAUCAAUAGAAAAAAAACACCUAUAGUUAUCAGCUUGCCACGUGAUUUUCGCCCAGUGUCUUCAAUCAUUGAUGUUGACAUCCUUCCAGAAACACAUCGCAGAGUUCGUCUGUACAAGCAUGGCUCAGAGAAACCCCUCGGAUUCUAUAUCCGGGAUGGCUCUAGUGUCCGUGUUACUCCUCAGGGGCUGGAAAAGGUUCCUGGAAUUUUCAUUUCCCGACUUGUACCAGGAGGUCUGGCAGAAAGUACGGGCUUGUUAGCAGUUAAUGAUGAGGUUCUUGAAGUAAAUGGAAUUGAAGUGUCUGGGAAAAAUUUAGAUCAGGUCACCGAUAUGAUGAUUGCCAACAGCCACAAUCUCAUCAUCACAGUGAAGCCUGCAAAUCAAAGAAAUAACAUUGUCAGAAACAGUCGGACUUCAGGCAGCUCUGGCCAGUCUUCAGAUAGUAGCACAAGUCACUACAUGAUGACUCCUCACAUCAUUCAAAACUUUCAUCCUGAGGAAGAAGAAAGUGAUGAGGAGAAUGAUAUUGUCAUUGAAAGUGGAGGUGAACCACAGCAGAUCCCAAAGACCACCACCAGCAGCAUUAGUUUGCCAUCCCUCUUAAAGUAUGAGCCACAUUUGAGAGAAAAACAGAAUGGCUUUGUAGCCUCCAGUAGUAGUGUGGGCUCACUCAACACAAUAGCUAACCAGAAGACAGGGACUGUGAGGACCCUGGGAAAGCAAAGACGAAGUAUGGAGGAAGAAGGCACAGUAAUCACAUUAUAAAGCACUCUAAAAGGACCACAGUGUUGUCCAUGUCAGGAUGUCCUCUAUGCACAAUGCAUUUCUAAUAAGAAUUAGGAGGAAAGCUGAAUAAGCUUUAAAAUCAUAAUCACCUUUUCAUUAGCUUCUUUUAAAUGUAUUUGAAAUGUACAUAAUUUUAAUUAGAGAUUUUAGCUAAAGAGACAUAAAAAUAUUGAAUGUGUUUUUUUUCAUUUUUGACCCACAAACAGAAUCACCUAGGAUAAAGGGAGAGGAAUUUGAACAGGAUCAAAAAUGCACUUACAUGCAUACAGUAUAGGUGCAACAUGGUAAGACAGGGUGAGAACACAUAGGUCCUGAAUAUACGCAUGUAUUGCCCUCACCAUUUUACUCAUUUUUUGCUUUCCUGUAAUGGUUGCCGCCUAGAUGCUGAUUAGUUUGGUUUUGUUUCCAAGUAAAAUUAGCACAAAUUGUGCUGCACUUUCUAACUGUAAACAUAAUCAAGUACCACCAUAGUAGUUGUGUGUUUUUGUUUUUUUGUUUUUUUUUUUUUUUUUUAAAGAAUGCCAUAACAAAUUAUUUAAAUUUUGAUCCUUUCUAUGUGGGUGGGUGAGGGAGAGGAAUGUCUGUCCCUUUGACUGAUAGAUUACUUGUCACAUUCACAGAUAUAGGUGAGCAGAACCUGACAACUGCAUGAUAAUUUGAAAUAUAAAUCGGUAUAUUUAGUUAAAUCUUUGCAUAAUUUACAAUAAAGGAAUUACACACAAUAGUAAGGAAACAUACAUAAGGCACAGCAUACAUAUCAGAACACAACUGCCAAUUAUAAUAAAAUAUAUUUGUACGGAAAUAAAAUCUAUGAAUACAAAAUAUAAAGUGUUACCAAGACCUGAUGUACAAUCCACUUUGGAUUAUCUAACAUGCCUAGCAAUAAAUAUAACAGACCUAAUCAAGAGAACAUAGUAGUUUUACAAGUGCUGAGAAGAAGUAUCAGGGAAGCAUAUAUAAAGAAAAAUUGGGAGUGGUCUCCCCUAGACUUUCUCGUAUACUCAGAUAUGGGGAUUGAUAUUUGAGGA